AUGGCAGAUGAUCCUACACAGCCAAAUCAGUGUACAUUGGCAGUUGAGCAUGAUGAUGAUGAGGUAGCACAAGCACCCAAUGGUUGGGCCAUACUCAAGUCACUCAACCCUGCAUAUCCCGACUAUCCUCUUGUCGACAAUGAGGUGGUCCUAGGCAGGCAACCAAACAGCACAAUACACUUUAAUGAUAUGAAUAUCUCUGGCAAACAUUGCGCCAUCAUUAAGACAAGCGACCCAGGUGAUGCUCAAGCGAUUGCAUUCUUAUAUGACCACAGCACGAAUGGAACAUACAUUGAUGGCAUCAAGGUUGGCAAGGGCAACAGAUUCCUCCUAUCCAAUGGUCAAGAGAUUGGUCUGGUCGGCAAGAAACAAGGACAAGAGAAGAUUGCAUUUAUAUAUCAUGCCUGUGAGAAGGAAGAGGAGGACGAUGGUGGUCCUCAGAGGAAGUAUCAUAUUGGAGAGACAUUGGGUUCGGGCAACUUUGCCACGGUGAAGUUGGCAGUCGACAAGAAGACUGGUGACAAGUUCGCCAUCAAGAUCAUCGACAAGAAGAAGUUCAUGAUGAACUCAUCGUCAAGAAAGGACGCACUGAUGGACGAAGUCAAGAUCCUCCAGCAGCUCAAUCACAAGAACAUCAUUCACAUCCAAGAGGUCUUUGACACAGAGAGGACACUGUUCCUUGUACUAGAGUUGGUUGAGGGAGGAGAGUUGUUGGAUGAUAUUUUGGACAACUGUUUCUACAAGGAGGAUAAGGCAAAGGAGUUCUUUAGACAGCUGGUCAAUGCUGUAAAGUACUUGCACGAUCAGGGCAUUGCUCAUCGUGAUCUGAAACCACAGAAUAUACUGUUAAAGCACAAGAGGGAUGAAUGCGACGACGCGAUCAAACUCAGUGACUUUGGUCUGUCCAGGACAAUUGGCGAGGGCAGCUUCAUGAAGACCAUGUGUGGAACGCCUCAAUACCUAGCACCAGAGAUUCUCACCAAUGGCGCAAAUGGAGCUGGUGGAUAUGGUAAAGAAGUAGACUGUUGGAGUAUGGGUGCCAUUCUAUAUGUCAUGCUUUGUGGACAUCCUCCCUUUGAUGAUAGUCAAGAUAUAUCAAUAUUUGAACAGAUUAGGAAUGCUGUCUAUGAGUUCCCUGAUGAGGAUUGGGCAACAGUGUCAGCAGAGGCCAAGGAUCUUAUCAAGAGAUUGCUGACGGCAAACCCAUCAAAGAGGUACUCAUGUAAUCAAAUCCUAGAGCAUCCUUGGUAUAAUAAAUCAAACACACUGGAAGCAUUGUUGGAGAAGGAUAAAGAGAAUGGAGAUCGACUACUGGGCAAGAGAAAGUCAGAGGAUUCACUGCUGCCUAUCCAAGCAGAUGCCAAUGGUGGUGGAGAUUCAGUGGUUGCAGUGUUAAAGAAAUCCAAGAGUCAACUAGGAGACCAAGGCAAUGGCAACAGCAAUAUGAGCAUUGGCAGUGGUGGCGGCGGUGGUACAGGCAGUAACAUGAGCAUAGGAAGCACAAACAGCAACAGCAGUGGCAAUAUGAUGAGGGACGACUCUGACACUGACGACGAAAACGACACCAAGGAUAUCAAACCAAUAUCACCAAUCAAAUCAAAGUCUUCAUUGGGUUCGAAUGGUAAUCUGGCUGCAAGCAUCAACAACAACAAUCUCAGCAGCGGCGGUGGCAGUGGAGGCAUUUCAACAACAACUACAGCAUCAACAGCAACAAGCAGCAGUGGAGGCGGAGGUUCUGGCCAGAACUCACCGCCAGUGUUCAGUGUACCAGCUCCCAAAACGCCAACAAAGGAGCUGCCUAUGUGUAUGUUUGGUGAUAAAUGCUAUCGAAAGAAUCCGCAGCAUUUCAAAGAGUAUAGACAUCCUGGCAAGAAAUAG